AUGAUUGUUAUGGUCUGGUUGUUGCUUUUCAUUAAUCUUGUAUCAUCUCAAUUUUUGAGUAUUAAAUCUCCUAUUGAUGAAGGCAAAAUCAAAACAUUAUUACGAGUUGAUGGAGAAAUUACAUCAAAAGGGAUUUUAUUGACAACGGAAUCUAAAAAAGAUGGACUUAUUUCAACAAUAAAAACACCUCCAACUUAUUUCCAAAUUAAUGGAAAAAUAAAGUCAGAUGGUAUUGGAAAAGGAUUUGCAUUAUGGUUAACAACAAAACCAAUUGUUUCAGGUAAUAAUUUUGGAGGUAAAUUUACUGAAUCAAAUGAAGGGAUUUAUGUAAAAGUACCAACAGAUUCAUUAAGGGGAACGACAACAAUCUACAAUACAGAAAAACAAUUAACUCAAUGCACUUUUCCUAAUUCUAUUAAUUUUGAAAGUAUUUCAUUUGAAUUAAAGUAUGAAGAGAAAACAAAUAAAUUGAUUAUUUCAAUAGGAAAAGACAAAGGAGGAUGUGAAAUGACAUAUGAAGGGAAAAUGAAACAUAUGUAUUUUGCAAUAUCUGCAUUAGAUGAUAAAAAUGGUGGAAAUCAUCAAAUUAAAUCACUUGAAAUUAUUGAAGAAGAAAACAAAAAGUACUAA